ACAGACAGUCAAAAAAAUGUUCGACGAACGCAUCUCACUGUCGCUUGCAAUUUUCUGAAACUUGGCAGCCCUGUUGCCGUUUUGCCGACCGGCUACGAUUGGUCACAAAUGCUGGCCUAUUACGUGUAGAGGCAGUUUGAAAGACAACUGUUCAUCCCACCCACAGGCUUCAACUCUGUGAAUGGUCCGACCCCAGACUAUACAUUUCUGUGUAGUUUGGCUUGCCAUGCUACUAUCGACACAACAUUGAAAAUCUUUGGUAACGUUAGUGCAACUCAUACGAGCCCUAACACACUUGGAUGUGAUGUUCAUUUAAAUGUUCUCAAUGCUCAUAAAACAUUGAUUCAUUCAUGACCACUGCGCACAGCCCUGGCCUGGACAUUGUUUGGCUCCGUACAUAGAUAUAUAUUGACACUGGCGAACCUACGUUAACAUAAUGUUGCUACGUUUUUUAAUGGAAAUAUUAGAAUGGCAUUCCAUUGCGCUUCGAGUCGCGUACGCAUCUAAAUACCACAACCUGAGUUAACUCCGUAUGCUGUUUGUUCGUGCCGGCCGGGUUAGUGGAGCUGUGUUAUGCAGCCGUGAGCUAGCCAUUCCAGCCAACAAUAAAUGCUAACAAAUACAAUACACAGCUGACUCGCUGCCAGUGACAAGCUAACAAACUGCCUGCAGAGAGCUAGGAUAGUUAGCGAGCACUACCGAAGUGCACUCAGCUUAAGCUGCACGACACACUACACAAACGUGAAAUUAAAGUAAGUAUUUCCAUUCGACCACCUCGGGCGAGCAGUUUUUCAGGGCUUUGUGCAGAGCUUUUUUGGUUUGAGGAAGUGCGAACUGUUUGUUUUGUUUUGUUUUUGUGACUCAAGUGUUUUUUUUUUUUUUUUUUUCUGCCGAUAUGUCGACGCCUAAAUAUGACGUCGACGAUAUUUUGAAGUCGGUUAGUCGACGUCAUCGACUCCUCGCUGCAGGCCUACUCUCCUGGUCCAGAGCACUUUCUUCGACGAAAAGAUGUUUGGCUCAAAAUCCACGUGGAGGACCAAAUCAUGGAUGAGUUUCGUCGAGUUGUUGAAAAGGACAACAUUGACUUCUUGAAAGACUUGAGAGAAAGAUGGGAUUUGUUCUAUAGUAAGGUCCAAUACUAUGGAGUGGUGAAGCAUGUAAUGAAGGCCCCCCUGACCAUGGACAGUGUUGAACAUGCCAUCGCUGUCUUCACCGCUUUACCGCAGCUCUUUCCAUCAAACUCGAAGACACGCAGCCAAAUUGAGGCAAUUUUCCAUGUUUUAACGCCCUCGGAGAAUCCGGACGCUUUCCUGCGCACACAAGCAUACCCAGUUGUCCUGUUGGGAGAAGAAAACUGCCUUCUCGCCAUUGGAGCAUCAACAUUGUGCACGUUUCCAUGUGAGAAAUUUCAUGAAACGCUGCUUUACCUCAUGGGCUGUUACUAUGUUUUCCACCUACAUUACCCAAAGACAAUCUGCACACUCCUCUCGGUGAUACAGACUGAAGUGGUCGGGGACACACUCCAUGAUGGCGAUGUCACCCCUUCCUACAGGAAGGCCAUUGGAGAGUGGAAGGCCUUCUUAGAAUGAACAGGUGUUCAACUGAUGCUCUUUUUCAUGUACCCUUCCUCGCUAUCUUCCUUUCUCUCUCUUUCCACGUUAUCUCUCUUUCUCUGUUCUUUCCCUUUUUCUCUUUCAUCUCUCUCCCCCUCUUUCUCUCAUCCCUCUUUGUCCCCCUAGUCUCUCUCUUCCCACCCCCCAAUCUUCUCUCUCCCUUUCUCUUUUUGUCUCUCGGCCCCCUCUCAACUCUCACUUUCCCUCUUUCUCUCUCCAUCUCCGUCCACUCUCCCUCUUUCUCUAUCUUUCACCUUUUCACUCUAUCUCUUUCUAUCUGUCCCCUUCCUCUUUCUCUUCUCCCUCAUCUCUUUCCCCAUCUCUCCAUUUUCUUCCCCUCCCUCUCUGAGCCCCC